UGGUCCGAGGGUUCGCUCGCUGCAUCCUUUUUGCUCGUGGAACCGCGCGACGUUAGGCGGGCGGGAGGCACCGGCACAGCGUCACUCACGUCGACUCGGUUCCCUCGGUCGUGUGUCCGAACCUCUCCUGUCCGUGACGUACGAUCGCUCCAAGCUUACCGGUACUAACUUGAGCUAACCGCGUCCCCGACGUGGAAAUUUCGUUCCCAUCCACUUCACUAAUUAACAAAAAUCCUCCCUGUACCCUCUUACCUUUUUAAAAUUUAUUUUAAAGUUUCUGGACAGUUCGCUUACUGUUUAAUUAUAAAAGUUUUAUUUUGUGUAUUAAUAUUGGCGACUAUUUUGGACAUUGUGGAAUUAUAUUAACUAAAUACUGUGGGAGUAUAAAAGGUAUUCCGGAUUGUAAAAGUCGUGAAAACUGAAGCCGGCCGGUCUCAUUUACAUCUGUCAAGUAGAUUUGCAGCGCGCGAGGACAUCGUUAAGAUAUAACAACACAGCUUUAGUGCCCUGCACGAGCUUACCCUGCCUGCAGUGCGUGCCAAGAGCCCCAGAGUCCCAGCCAUUAGAUUGAGUGGAGUGUCCCCUGCCCACACGUAGCCCUGUACGCAGCCAAAAUUCCACGAGAUACAACGGAUACCUCCUCCAGCAUGGAACUGGAGAAAGCCCCUUCUCUCCAUGAGGAAGACUCCAAAGUUACCCUCACUAUCAGACUGAUUAUGCAGGGGAAGGAGGUUGGCAGUAUUAUUGGGAAAAAGGGAGAAAUUGUAAAGAGAUUUAGAGAAGAGUCUGGAGCUAAAAUCAACAUAUCCGAUGGAUCGUGCCCAGAACGCAUUGUCACUGUCACUGGCACUACAAGUGCUAUAUUCAAAGCAUUUACACUUAUCUGCAAAAAGUUUGAAGAGUGGUGCUCGCAGUUCAAUGAAGGUGGCGGUGGCGGGUCGCGCGCACCGAUCACGUUGCGUCUCAUCGUGCCCGCGUCGCAGUGCGGCUCACUCAUCGGCAAGGGCGGCUCCAAGAUCAAGGAGAUACGUGACGUCACGGGGGCUAAUAUACAAGUUGCAAGUGAGAUGUUGCCAAACUCAACGGAAAGAGCAGUUACAAUCAGUGGCACUUGUGAUGCGAUAACACAGUGUAUUUAUCACAUUUGCUGUGUUAUGCUUGAGAGCCCACCAAAAGGAGCGACAAUCCCAUACAGGCCAAAGCCGAAUGUGGCCGGGCCAGUGAUAUUGGCCGGAGGACAGGCAUACACCAUACAAGGAAACUAUGCUGUGCCUGCGCAAGAUGCGGUGUGCGCGCCGGUGUUCCCCCUGCUGGAGAUGAAGCCGCCCCUCGCGGGCGCGCUGCCGCCGCACCACCUGCUGCCGCCGCCGCUGCACGACCACCUUAUGGGUGGAUUGGCGAAAUCUCCACUUGCUGGUUUAGCUGCUCUUGGCCUGGGAGGUCUUGCACCGGCCAACGCGAGUGGCCUCAAUCCUGCAGGUAAGGCACUAGCUGCGCUGGCGGGUUCGCAGCUGCGCACGUCGAACCAGGGCCGCAACCAGCCCGCCUCCAACCAGCAGUCGCACGAGAUGACCGUGCCCAACGAGCUUAUUGGCUGCAUUAUUGGCAAGGGCGGCACCAAAAUCGCGGAGAUCCGUCAGAUAUCGGGCGCGAUGAUCAGGAUAUCGAACUGCGAGGAGCGCGAGGGCGGCUCCACCGACCGCACCAUCACCAUCACCGGCAACCCGGACUCCGUCGCGCUCGCGCAGUACCUCAUCAACAUGAGUGUGGAGCUGCAGAAGGCGAAUCUCGAGGGGGGGUCGAGUUCGGGCGGGAACACGAGCCCGCUCGCGUCGGCCAUCCCGCUGGCGCAGUUGCUCAGCAAGAGCGGGGCGCUCGGGGCCCUCAGCUCGCUGUCGGCGCUGGGCGGCCUCACCGACCUGCUGGGGGGCGGGCCCGCGCCCGUGCAGACCACCGGCGUGCACCGCGCGCACAAGCCCUUCCGCCGCCAGGACGACGAGCCCGCCAAGACCUCCAAGGAGCGCAACAAAUACAGCCCCUACUAGGAGCGCUAGAGUUGCGGUCUAGCUCCCCGGCCCCCGCACCCUGUACACUGUAUGGAUGCGGCUUAGCUUGUGGCUCAAGUGACGGAUCACAAUAAAACAAUUCGAGUCUAGAGUCGUAAUAGUGAAUCGAGAAUGCAGUGAUAUAUAAAUAUCGCAUAAAAACAAUAUAUCGUGGUCCAAAGAGUGUUCUAUUUUUUCAAGAAACUACAAUUUUAAGCGUUCUAUAUAGUGUACAUAGUGCAGGAGUAAUGAAAUGGUUGGUCACUUUAAUGUCGUUCGGGAUUGAAUUAUGAGACUUGCGAAGUGUGAAUUGUAAUCUACAUAAUUGAUUCCUAAUUUUUUAUGUUCUGAGCGCCGUCAAAUACGCGCCUCGUGAGGUUAGCUGUCAAAAAGUAUGUGUAGAUUCGCAACUUCGCGACGGCCGUUUUGUUCUAAGAUUAGACGUAUUGAAAUUUUUUUAGUUUAGUCGAGCUUAUAAUUAACAAAAAUGUUUGAGCUCAAGUUAUUACACGAAUGCUCCGAAACUCGCAGUAAGUAGAGCUUUUGGCUCUUUAAAACUUUUGUAUGGCUCGCAAUGAGUCUGUGAGUAAAACUAAAAAUUUGCAUUAGUUUGAGCGUGUAUUUAAAAAGCGAUGUUAUUGUAUGACGUAUAACAUGUCUAACUUGAUUAAUUAGUUAUAUUUAUUAUCAUAAUCAGUAGCUACCUACGGUCAGUCAAGAAAGGAAUAUUUGCGCAUAAAAUCAUAUCUAGAAAAUAUUAUAAAUAUUAAAUACUUUUCAGUAUUAACAAAUUUUUAAUGCAAACUUAC